AUGGAAUGUAGCAUGUGGACUUGCUCUAAAAGUGAUGCUGAUGACGACCUGCUUGCAAACGUACAGUCAUUACAGAAUCAGCUGAGGAGAACUGAAAAAAACCUACAAACUGUAGAGAAAGAGCUUUCCAGGUAUGAUACAAGGGAAUAUUACAGCCACUGCUUCGAUGAGGUUACAGAUGUCCUUCUGCAGGACUUUGUACAGCCCAAUUAUGAUUGUCAAGGCUUUUCCAGCUGUAAAAAGAACUCUGGGAGAACAUCUCGCCAGGAUUUCCAAAGAAAAUGCAAAUCUUACUCUGUAUCCGCAACUUUGGAUAAAACUGUGGAAGAAAAUGAACAACUUCAGGAGAAGUUUGAUGCCCUUCAUGAGCAAAAUGCAUCUUUGACUUCUCAGAAUCACUACCUGAAGAACAGAGUGGAAACAAUGAACUUUGAAUUGAUGCAGUCAAAAACAAAAAUUUCAUAUCUUGAGGGUGCUUUAGCUACACAUUUAAUCAGCAUUCCGAAGUUGAAAGAACAGAUUGUAAAUUUGGAAGCAGAAAUUUCAGCUCAAGAUAAAAUUCUGAAAGAUGCAGAAGAUAGACUAGAUCAAAAUCAGAAAACAGCAAUGGAAAGAGAACAGAUGUUGGAAAGAUAUCAAAAGGGCUAUAAAAUUCUGAAAAUUGAGUUAAUUGAACAAAGCAAGCAAGGAAAGAGAGCACAACAGCAAAGAAAUGAAGCUUUGUUGAAUGUGGAGGAGCUGACAAGGGCUUUUACAAGGUAUAAAGCAGAAAUAACUGAAAAAUUAGAAAAGGCUAAAGCUGAAGAAGUAGUCUUGGGAGAACGUUUAAUUAAUUGUGAAAAAGAAAGAGAGAAGUUGAAUGAUAAGUGUAUCAGCUACAGGAAGGAUCUAGACAUCCUAGAAGAGCAACUAAGACAAUUAAAGGAAGAGAAUCACAACACAAAAGAAGAAAUUAAAGCUCUAGAAGCAAAGAACAGUGAAAUGACAUCAAUGCUGAGUCAGUCUGAUCAGAAGAUCAUCAAGCUGGAGAGUGAACUUUCUGAAAAAGAUAUAGUACUUAAAGAGAAAAAUGCUCUAAAAAGUGCAAAUGAAGAGUUGAGAGCACUUACUGCAGAGCAACAGAACCACUUGAAAUUAUGUCAUCAAGAAAUAGAGGAUUCAAGGGAAGAGCUCAGCAUCCUGGAAACCAUUAUUUCUCAGUUGUCUUUAAGUACACCUGAAGAGUUUAAAUGGCACCAUUUCAAACACCAGCUCCUGAGUUCCUCAGAAAAAGAAGCUACCCCUGAAUCUUGUGAUAAUAGCAUUAAACUGGCAAUGAAAGAAACAGAAAUUCAGAAGCCUGAUGCAAACUUAACUCUCUGUACUGGAGCUGAGCAUCUUUCUAACAGUAAUGAAGGACAAGGAAACAGCAGGUUAUGUGACCUGGAAACAGAGCCUGUCAGAUUGAUCAGAAAUCCAGGAGAGAGGAGAAAAUGUCAACAGUUGGAACUUAUAAGCAAACAAUUUGAAAAGGUGAGGCAAAAAUUCCAGAAAGAGAUAGAAGAGCUACGCACUAAACUGAUAAAAGCAGAUGAUGAGAAUUCUGCCUUGAGGACCAGCAUGGCUCAAAGGACCAGUCAGUUUCAAACCAUACAGGAAGACCUGUUGAAGAAGGCUUCAAAAACUAACAGCUUAGAGAAAGAAAUAAGAAAAAAGUCUUCUCAGCUUUCUGCACUUGAGAAACAGCUGGAAGAAAAGACAAUUGCUUAUUCCACUGCUGCAGAAAGAAAUGUUGAGUUGGAACUGGAGCUCAUGGGAAAAAACAGAUGCAUUCAUGAGCUGGAAACAACUAUCAGUGAAGAACAUGAGAAAAUAACUUCUGCUUUUGAAGAUGAAAAGUUGUUUCACCUCAAGCAGCAGAAAGAAAUGGAGAAACAGAUUGCUGUACUUCAAACACAGCUGGAGAAGAAACAUCAACAAGUUGUUGAACAAGAGAAAAUAAUAUCCAUUUUACAACAAGAGGUUGUACAUAAACAGCAUCACAUUGAAUCAUUGGAUGGGCUGCUGAUAGGAAACAGAGAGGAAAUGGAAAAGCAAAAUGUCAAGAAAGAUCAAGGAUUGAAGAUGCUGGAAAGUCAGUUAAGAGAAGAAAAAAUCAAAGUACAACAACUUGAGUCGGCACUAAAUGUAUGUAAGGAAGAAGUUGCACUGUAUUUGAGUCAGUCUCAAGAAAAUAAGGAGAUGUUUGAAAAUCAGCUGAAAGAAAGGUCUGAAGAGCUUCAUUAUUUGCAGAAAGAAAUAAAAAUUAAAGGUCAGACUAUUCAUGACAUGAGUGAACAAAAUAUUCUCCUGCAACAAACUUUGCAUCAUCAGCAGCAAAUGUUACAGCAAGAAACUAUUAGAAAUGGGGAGUUGGAAGAUAAUCAAAUUAAACUUGAAAAACAGGUAUCCACUUUGGAAAAAGAGCUCCAGAAGCAGAAAGCAUGUGCAGAAGAUGAGCUGAGAAAGGUGGAGGAGAAACUGCACCUAGCUGCUCAGGAAGCAGACUUAAACAGGCAGAAGGUGGCUGAACUGAAUUGUACAAUCAGACAGAUGAAAUUGGAGAUGGAUCAGUGCAAGAAUGAACUUACUGGCAUGGAAAAAGAAGUAAUGCAAUUAAAACGAGAUGGUGCAAACAAAGCGCUGCAGAUAAAUCAGCUGGAAAUCACUCUGGAAGAAGCAAGAUCAGAGCUCAACAGAAAGGCAAAUGAGGUGAAUGAUUUUGAAGAUAAGCUGCUUCAAAGUGAGACUUGCCACAGGAAAGCCUUACAGAAAAUAGCAGAACUGGAAUCUGCAUUACAGAAUGCCUGUGGAGAAUUAAAGAUCACUUUGACACGGCUCCAGGAGUUGCAAAAUGCAUUGCAGAAUGCACAGUCCUCUCUGGAGGAGAAGAACAUUGCUAUCAUGGAUCUAACAACUGAGCUCAGGUAUUGCAAGGAUGAAAUUGAAGACAAAAAGCAGGAACUCCUUGACAUGGACCAAGCACUGAAAGAAAGGAAUUGGGAACUGAAACAAAGAGUAGCUCAGAUUGCACAAUUGGAUAUGACAGUUCGUGAGCAUAAGGGAGAAAUGGAGCAACAAAUAAUUCAAUUACAGUGUAAUUUAGAGAAGUCAGAGUUGGAAAUUAAGGAAUGCAAUAAACAGAUUGAGAGCUUAGAGAAAAAACUCCAGCAUUCCAAAGAUGAGCUUCGGGAAAAAGAGUUUGAAUUGCUCCAGAGAGAUCAGGAAAUAAAUCAGCUGAAGAAAAAAAGAAUGAAAGAAAAAACAUAG